AUGUCCGAUAUCACAGGUCUCCCAGAUGGCUGGGAAGUUCGCCAUUCCAACUCCAAAAACCUCCCAUACUACUUCAACGCUUCGACCAAGGAGUCUCGCUGGGAACCACCGUCAGGAACAGACCCUGAGAAACUGAAGGCCUACAUGGCUACCUAUCACAGUGGCCCCUCUGGCAUUGCGGGUUUGCCGGCCGAAGGCAAAAUCCGCUGUGCCCAUCUCCUUGUCAAACACCGCGACAGCCGUCGCCCCAGCAGCUGGCGCGAAAACAACAUCACUCGGUCCAAGGAAGAAGCCAUUGAAAUCCUCCGCGGCCACGAGCAGAGGAUCAAGUCUGGCGAAAUACGCUUGGCUGAUCUUGCAGUUUCCGAGUCCGACUGCAGCUCGGCACGUAAGAAGGGUGAUCUGGGAUUUUUUGGUCGUGGUGAAAUGCAAAAAGAAUUCGAGGAUGCUGCCUUUGCGCUCAAACCAGGAGAGAUCAGCUCCAUUGUUGAGAGCCCUUCAGGAGUCCAUCUGAUCGAGCGGUAUGUUGACCGUCCUGAGGAUUGGUAUCACCUGUACCCACCCCAGAACUGA